CACCUUGUCAAGCAUCCGGUCCUUAAUGCAACAUUAUUCUGCAUAACGCUUUGGCGUAAAGGAAAAACAGACUGCAUGUGCAGGCCUACAUGUAACAGGUUCAGGAGGGCACUGGUGCCACCAAAGGAAACAUAUUGCAUGUGUAAUUGCGAGAGACAUUCUCGCUACUGUAUGUGAUCGUCAUGUGAUAGCACAAUUGUCACACAAUACCUACACGAUCAAUAGUUGACUUUCAGUUUUCAGCCGUGUUCGUUUUAAGCAGUGGGGUCGAUCGCACGAAACGUUCUUUCUUGUUUAAGGAUGAGUCCGAGUGUCCUCAUGCUUAUCAAUGAUUCCGUUCACAUGAGGUACAGAGCUGUUACAUGUCACCUGCGAGUAAACCCCAGUGCGAGGUCAGGCCGUGUAAUUUCCGCAGCGCUCGACACUGUCCCGAACCCUAAACCCACAGCUGAGCUUUCAGUAAAUUGGAGGUGCUCCGGUGGCACCCUGCGCUGGAAUGAUCGUUUGUGUCUCUGAAUCAGGCGCUCAUUUUCUCUCUCGCUACAACACAUGCAAUGCGUUUAUCCCUCGAUGGCACCGAUGCGCUUCCUUACAAAUGGGUGAAAAAGGGACUCAAUAUUUGCUUUCCUUCAGAUUAGCACAUUAGCACAGUUCCUCGAGGGUUUGCGUGAACGGGCUUACGGUAUUAGUACGGGGAAAGAUUGCGGCCGCGUCUGGGACCCCCCGGCGUUAUCUGUGUGAGCCAGCGCAAACCUUCAGGUGUGCGGUCGGUGAGACGCCCAGGUUGUUAUGACGUCUUCUGAAACCUCAGCACGAAUCCCUCUUGUGUCAAAUAAUACACCACCCGUCAUUUACUGUACGACCUCUUCGCAGUCGCCUUCCUUUGAUUCUGCAUUCUUCUGUUAUUUCAGAACAUUAAGCUUUGUUCUUUCUACCUGACUGGAAAUGUCACCCUGUUCCUAAAACAGGGGAAGCCGGCUUUCUGAACGAGGUCGCGAAACUUUAAUAACAGGGUCCCGUUUGACAGAUUCCUACAGAAAUUGUUCUUUGCCUUUUAAGUGACGAAGUAGGGCUGUAAUUUGAGAGCCGAGAGGGGUAUCAUUAGCCAAAACGGAGAGCACUGCCUUGGCCAUCCAGAUGUUGAAAUAGUAGCGCGUAGACAGCCAAAGACACUACAGAAUCCGUCUUGAGCCGAAAAGUUUAUUCCACAGGCCUGGAAACGAGUUCAAUAAAUAAACUCAGGACGAAGAAAGAGGAAACCGCGCGGCUGCAAGUCUGGAUGUUAUCACCGGGAGCCGCUUUCGGCGAUCACGUAGGACAAGGGACGAUUUGAAGGGGGCAGGACGCGCAAAUCGCGGAUUAUUUUUACUGUUGUUAUUAUCUUGUCUUAAAAGACGAUCAGAAAUUGGAAUUUUCCUAUCUGUUCGAAUCCUUUUAACUUUUCUUUAAUACACAUCCUGUACACCUACCUACUACAAUAAAGCGUUUUUGAAGCUAAAAACCUCAUAGUAUGACGGGGGAGAGUGUUAAUAUGCCCUGCCUCAUUGAUAAAUAGUCGAUUGCAGAGCACUGCUUUCCAAAAGAUUUUUCGCUUCUUGCUUCGACUUUAAGGAUUGCUGUAUAAUCGGUAUUUUCUUGGCAACACCGAGUAAGAAGCACGAUGUUUCUUCCCUUGCUCCUGACUGUCCUGACGCUGUCACUGCCUUCGGGAAAAGCCUAUUUCGCCGGACCGCUUCAACCAGAGAUGUCCAACGGGACAUUCCACCACUAUUUCGUCCCAGACGGAGACUACGAGGAGAACGACGACCCCGAGAAAUGCCAGAUGCUGUUUAAAAUGACAGACCACCGAAAAUGCCUGUUAGAUGAGGAUCAGGACUCCGUCAUCCGGGAUGAUUUCACCAUCAUCAAGCGGCACAUCGAGGACGCGGCGAGGGUCCUGGAGGGAGUCGGCAAGAGCAUCUCCUACGAUCUGGACGGCGAAGAGAGCUACGGCAGCUACCUCAGGCGAGAAACCACCCAGAUCGCGGAGGCGUUCGGCAACUCGGAGAAAUCCCUUCUGGAGCUGGAAGUGAAGUUCAAGCAGAGCCAGGAGAACGAGCUGAAAGAGGAGCACCGCAUCAACGACGACUUUCUGGACAUGAUCAUCCACACCAGGGAGGCGCUGAAGGAGACGCUGGACAUCUCGCUGGGCUUGAGGGACAAACACGAGCUGCUCUCGCUGGUCAUACGGAGUCACGGCACCCGGCUGAGCCGACUCAAGAACGAGUACCUGAAAGUCUGACCUCAGUCAGCACCGCCGCCUCCCCGGCCACACAGAUGUUGUGCUGAGCCCAGGAAAACCUGAAUUAUGUCAAGCGAGAAACUAGGGGAAUUCAAAAUCACAAAACGUCAAACGGCAGUCUCACACCUUCAGAUUAACGCGCUGCCAAAAAGUAAAGCAACAAUUAAAAGAUGUUUAAUAACUGAUCCCGUUCAGCUCUUCUACAGCUAUUGGGAUACUGUACUGUACUUUAUCAUAUCUUGCACUCGGUCUGGGCUUUCAGUAUUUUUUCUUUCUCCUUGAAACACAAUGAUUCACAAUGGGUCCCGCCAUUUGUUAUGGGGCAAAGGCUAUUUCAGUUCGGUUGGCUUCCCUUAUAAAGUUUGAACACACGCUAUAUUUCAGGCAAAACACGUCCUUAAGCGAGGAGGUAUUUCUGAAAAUAUUCCAAGGUCGCCAGUAUCUGAUACUUCAUCAAUAGGGAGAACUGGAGAGCAGCUCAGAUCCCAUCACUUAAAAGAGUUUUUUUUUUUUAAUAUGACGUGAAAUUCAGGAAACAGUGAGAUUUAUAUCUCGGGUAUUACUGUGAAAAGACACGUCCUGUACAAAAUUCACGCGUACUGUAGUACACUUCGAAUUAGGGCACAAAAAAAUGUCUGUAAACGAACUCUUACAAUUAGCGUGCUUUAAAGCCACACCAUGUUCCAGAAAAUAAAUGUUUUGUGUUGACAUAAGAAACAAAAAACUCAAAAGCAGCUUUUACUUACUCCGUCAUACUUUUAUUGGGAGUGACAUUGCCUGAAGUUCCUUUCGGUUGCAAUUCCUGUUCUAAGGCUUAGUUUUCCAUGUAUGUUUGUGUGAGGUUCCAAUUUAAACAGGAAAUAAUUGCUUAAGCCUGAUGAAAACAGUCAUGGAUUGUGAAUGGAAACGUGGAAAUACGUUUUUCUCCUCAAACGUUUUUGCAAAAUAGAAUUAAAUUUGGCGUUAAUACAGUAUACGCGCAGUUUAGGAGCAGAUGUGACCACACGGUCAUUAUUUAUAUUCGAACCUACUAACACUGUCAGUCGGGGGUUCAAAAGAACAUGACUUGAUUCUCAUAAAGUAAACCGAAGCUUCUCUCAACCCGCCUUCUCUUCUUUGAAUAAAUUAAGCGUCAAGCAAAAUUAAAUAUUUAUGCCGACUUGUCUUGCUCACUUAAGUCUUAACGCGCUAUUCACUUGUAAAUGCUUAGGAAAAUUAAGAAAAAAAAUCUCUUUCCGAGUAUGAGCUUUAGUUUUUGCGCCAUUAUUAUGUCCCUUUUUCCUAAAGGAAAGUAAUUUGUAAAUAGAAAAGGUUUUCAUCUGUUGUACUAAAUGUGUGUUUAAUGAGUGAGCUUUAUAAUGAUAUUAAUUUAAUGCUGUGAGUGUUUAUAUAUUUAAUGAUCAAAAGCAGAUCGGUAAUAUUAUGUUUUUAGUAUUUUAUUCUCGUGGUAACUCAUUUUUUCUAGCUUUGGGGAGUAACGUUAACGGGGAUGACUUCAAAAUCCAACAUUGUUACAAAUACUGCGGGCAGGAAUGGUACCUAAAAACUUAAAACGUGUACAUGGAGGUGAUUAUGCUCUGUCUUUUUUGUAAUAAAGACUUUUAAAAUACAGCGUUAAAACUCUUACAAGUAUUUCUGCUUGAUCUGAUUCAUACCUCCCUUUAUAAUAGGGGAUUUGCCCAGUUAAUUUGUUUUUGCCUGUCUUGUAUUCUGCUUUGUCUUCAAAGUUUUUCAGGUGGUCACACAGAUUACUGUCUUAGGCCAGUAUUAAAUAUAACUCCAUAAUAAUUCAAUUAAAUAUGGGCUUUAAAAUAUACAAUAGCUCCAAAAAAGUCCUACUCUCUGCUCUUCAGUACUUUCUGAAUACAUUUGACAUUGACCUGCUUCCAAAAGAAAAUCCGUAGGGCCACAGAUGAGACUAUCUCAUCUUGCCUGGUUAGUUACUGACAGCUCAUUGAUCUGAAGUUCUCCUCCAGCCAUUCCUUGAGAGAUCCCAGAGGAUCAUCUUCAGCAGUAUGUCUUAGACUGCUUCAGAUACAAAUCACUCUCUGUGUAAAGACGGUCUGCAAGUUUUCAAUGCUCAGUGCAUCACAUUUGAGUCCUGAAGUAACCUGUCCACAGGACCAUUGUCAAUAUCUUUCAGGAUUCUGAGCAUCUCAGGUUUUUUUUUUGCAACAGCUCAAAAUGUGAGGCUGGCUUUGAACCUGAGCGCUGCGCUGCAGAGGGAGCAGACAUUGUAGAGGGGGCAGUUUAAGGGGAGACAGCUGUUCUAAAAUGGCUGUGCAAAACUGCUCUGGAAGGUGAGCUGGUGACAGCUGUGGUGCUGGUGUCCUGGAGCUCUGCAAUGCAGUGGAACGACCUGCAGGUGUCCUUUCAGGUAACAGCAUUCACAGCUUCAUGACACAGGGCCUUCAGACCUGUCUGGCUCCUAGGUUUGUGUCUUCUUCUGUCUUGCUGUAUUCAGCAGUGGCUGGUGCACACUGUCCGAAAGCUGCACUUAAUCCACGGCUUUGUUCUGACAGAAGCGGUUUAGCGCUGAAUGUGUCAGACAAGGAGCAGCUAUUCUGGAGCAGGACAUUAAACAUGGCUCCACAACAAGGCGGGAUUAGGAAAAAAAAAUCCAGAUAAUCAAUUCAGGCUGGAAGAGAAGGGAUAAAAAGAGGGGAACAAAUACAUCUCAUAUUGCAUCUUGAUAUAUUAAUACAAAUAUUUGCACAUAGUAUAUCCUCUGUAGGUGUGUUUCCAAUUUCUUUUGGCUUGGUUAGAUAUUUUAACUAUCACAGGUUAUAUAAACUUCAAUUAUGCAGCAGUUUAUAGAAAAUGUUUCGGCUUUGAUUUAUUUUACAGUACAUGGGCCUACUGCGAUUGGCACCCAUAAAACCUCAUUAUGUUUCAAAGCUGAAGGUCAGAUUCUUUGGCGCUCUCCUCCAGUUAAAGUUUUUGAGUGGUGCUGGUUAACGAUGAGCCCCUGAAACACAGCGUUUGGAUCCCGUUUGUCAGAACUGUGUGAGAAAGCCCAGCCUGCUUGUUGGCAUUUUUGUGAAAUUGGGUUUCCAGUAGUUCUUUCUUUGUUUGUUAGUGUUUUUAACUUAAAACAAAUGCGUGCCACAAAAAGACAUAAAACAACCCGCUGCUUCAGUGUGUGGAGAAGUCAAGUGUGGAAAAGCAAGAUGGGUUUUGGACUCGUUUUCGCCACUGCUCAGAACACGUCAUUUCCAAAGUAGAGGGCACUGUCUUCUUCAGUAACGAAAACUUCCAAGUGCAUGUUUAGUUGAUAAUUGAGUUACCAACACCACUGUCAGACAGCAUCAAAACAGAGAUGUAGUAUAAAAUAGAACCUCCACCUCUCCAUUGCGUACAACAUUACCUACUGUUUGUAGUGUAGCGUUUGUGUACAUUAAUACAACACUAAAUGUAAAUCAGUCAAAUAAUGAAGUGCUUAGUGUGUCACAUAAGCUGCAAGUCAGUUCGAAAUAGCAAUAUAUGUUUCAUUCUGUAUUUUGAGUGCAUUAUUUACUCUACAUUAACGUGACACUGUGUCUUUAUCGAAGCCUUUGAGCUUGACAAAUAACUGGAACAGGUCCCCUCGCCGUCUUCUGUGUUCAAGACUAAAAGGGUUCUGUUCUUUCAGCCUGUCAGUGUAGGACAUUCCUGCCUGUGUCCUGGAAUACAUCUGGCUGCUCUUCUCUGGACUGAUUCCAGAACAGCAAUAUCUUAACUGCACACAAUAUUCUAGUAGGCCUUACUAGGAAAUUAUACAGUUAUUAAAAGAAUAUCCCUUGAUUUCAAUUCUGCACUUUUGCCAAUAUAUACAGUAUCUUACUUUACUUGCCUUUUUAAUUGCUUCCCCACAUCGUCUAGAAGAGGCAAACAAUGUGCCAAAAAAAAGAGACUUGUCUACAUUAAACAUCAUGUUCCAUGAAUUUGCCAAGUCUUGAGUUUUGUCAACAUCUUUUUGUAUUUCAUUUGCUGCUAAAUAAAUAGGAGGAAAAGUAGUCCCAAAAC